GUGGUGGCUGUAGGUGUGGCUUGGCUGCAGAGACAGUCACGUUGUUUUGCUUUUCCGUGCGCUGCAACGUGGAUGUAAACACUAAAGUGAAACCGAAAAGCUCCUCUGCUCUAAUACAAGGCUUCUGCUGGUUGAUGUUAUUCCACAGGAGACAGAGACACAAAACGGACUCAAACAUGGAAACGACGCAGGAGAAGUGUUACGACCCUUUCGACUCCUCCCUUAGAUUUGUGGAUGAGGAGGAUGUUUUAGAUUUUCUGUGUGAGGGAUUCAAGUCUCGAAGAGCCCUGAUGUCCUGUGGCCACGCAGUGACCCCGAUGUCUCUCACCAAGUGGUGUCGCACGUUAUUGGACCAGGGUGAAACCAGAUUCGUCUGUGGCCUGAUUGGUUGUGAUGUGGAGUGGCCAUAUGCAGAGGUUCGUAAAAUGGCCCUUUUGACCCCUGAAGAAACCAAGUACUUUGAAAAAUCCAUGGCCUCCAAUCUUGCCAGGGCGAUCUCUGGUGCCAAAUUGUGUCCUGGAUGCAAAUCUUCUCUGAUGAGAGAGAAUGAAUUCAGCCUGUGUGUCCGCUGCACAGUGUGCACGGCCAACACACGACGGGCCUAUGACUUCUGCUGGCAGUGCCUGAGGGAGUGGAAGGGUCCAGCUCCACGUUCAGACCGCUGUGGGAAUGAUGGCUGCUGCAACGAGUCACUGAAAACACUGGCAACUUGUCCAGACAUCAUCAUUUGGUCUGUGACAUGCCCCUCCAUCCGCGCCUGCCCCACAUGUGGCGCACUGCUGCAGCAUGACAGCGCUACAUGCAGAUACGUCCACUGUCCCCGAUGUAAGAAGAACUUCUGUUUUGUGUGUCUGAGGCUCACUCCUAAAUGUUUGAAUAGAAGCAGCAAUCAUUUCGGUCACUGCUCCACUGGGGUGGCCCCUAGACAGACCUCCAUACCUGUAUGGCGUAAGAAGUAAUGUGACCACAACCUAACUGGGCGCGCUUCAAGCAGAGACAUCUCUCUCUCUUACAUAUCGUCUUUAUGAUUUGUUUGUGAGAAAACAUAAUCAGAUAAUUGGUGAUAGCCUAAAUUACAUAUCUUAAUCUAUAGUCAUGUUGUCACCUUUCCUUGUGUAACGUCAGAUGUGUUGUUUGCUCUUUUUUCUGAUUCCAUGAAAUUUAAGAUACGAACAUGCUAUUAAUGUGAAGGAAUGGUUUCCGUUUCAGUGGAUUUCUCUGUGACAAGUGUCAAGUCCAAUCUGAUUUUUUAGUUUAGUUUUGCAGUAGAUAACUCUCCACACUCAGGAUUAUGAUACUCUGUCAUGAGACGGUUUAAUACUAAGCGGAUAGGAUGGCAGCAAAUUAGAUUUAAUGUCACACUAUAAUGCAAUAAAAGUGAUUUGAGGUUAAUAAAUAAAGUGGAUUUCAGUAAAGUCAAAGUUUCCGUUAUUGGGCUUUUUAAAAUUCUCCCACAGAUUUUUUUUUUACUUUAAAUAUCACUGAGCAAAGGCCUAUACAGGCUUCAUGCUCGUUUUAAGGUGGAGCAGAAAAUCCCAGUAAGAAGCUUCGAUAUGCAGUCAGCAGCAAAACCACUUUUCAAAACAGAAUUCAAUUUCAAUCAUUUGGUUGUUUUCUGAAAACCCUGGAGGAAUACAAGCUGCAUGCAUAACAUUUAACAGUUGAGUCCUUGAUACAGGUUUGCAGCUUUCUCUACAUUAAUAAUAUACAACAUAUUAAUCAACUGCAUUCAGUGAUGUCAUGUCCGGCCCGUGUGGAUAAUAUUGUCUUGGAUGGAUAUUUGAUAUUUCCCUCUGCAAAGUCACGGAAGGCAUCAAUAACUGUAUUGAUCACUAAUCUGUCUCCUGGCCUGGUGAACUACAAAGAUGAUGUUUUAGUAUCAGACUGAUGUAAAAAUCCAGAGGCCUUUAACAAAAAGCUGUACGGGAGAUGAGAGGACAGAUGUUACAACAGCAAACACACUUAAGUUCCUUUAAGUGAUGCACAUAAAC